AUAAGCACAACUUCUCUCUUGAGCAUAUUUCCUCCUGGUGCCAUUGAACUCAGCAUGGCCUUUUCUGGAAAAUAUGAAGUGGAAAGUGAGGAAAACUAUGAUGAUUUCAUGAAGCGCAUUGGUCUCCCUGCUGAUGUAAUUGAAAAAGGAAGGAGUUACAAGAUUGUCACAGAGGUGAUACAAAAUGGAGAUGAAUUCACCUGGUCCCAAAUUUACCCAGGAGGAAAGUCUAUGUCUAAUAAAUUUGUUAUUGGCAAGGAAUCAGAAAUGGAGACAAUGGGUGGCAAAAAAUUCAAGGCAACAGUUAAAAUGGAAGGUGGGAAAGUGGUGGCAGACUUCCCCAACUAUCAUCAUACUGCAGAGAUUGUUGCAGGCAAACUAGUAGAGAUUUCUACAGUUGCUGGUGUAACCUUCAAGAGAAUCAGCAAGCGGGUGGCAUGAACAGAUGAUGGGGAAUGAAUAAUACUCCAAUCCUUAGCCAUAACGGAAAAUGGGG